CCAGACGAGUUUCUGCCGAGGCAGGACGAGCUCACUUUCAUGGCUCUCUGACAGCUUGCUCCGUGUCUCUCUCGGGUCGAACGCAUUGAAAAAUCGGUGGUGAAGUGAAUGAGGAUCGAUCGAAGUUUCAGGACGUGUCCUAUGGUGAUUUUGUUUUUUUUUUUUUUUUUUCUUUAGCGAAAUUGACGAUUUUCGAAACGAUCGCUUGGACUACAUAAGCAUCGGGUUUGGUUUGUAAACACAUUGAUCCAAGACUAGAAAGAUCAUCGUUGACGGAAUAGUGUAAAGUGGAUACGAUUGAGGAAAAAGUCACGAAGGACCGCAAUGUCAUAGAGAACGAGGGUCAUAGAAGAGCUGAUGACCAUCUCUAGUGAAGGAGCCACGAAGAAAGAAGUUAGUGCACCUGCCGCAGUGGUUCUUGCGGCGCCACUCACGUGUUGCAUGCGUGCCGUGCUAUCCAUCAUGGUCGCGGACUGGGAACAGUUCUGAUUGGUCGGGGCCGCAGUCACGUGGUAUGGUAAUUGGACUUCGGUGGGCGGGAAGGAUCGAACGAGGCCGCGGAGCUUCGUGGAAGAUCGCAAAAGUGGCGGAAGGAGAGGAGAGGAUAAGCAGCUGUCCACCGGGAGUCUGCUACUCUCCGUGGUCUUGCUCUUUUCGCUCGUUUUCUCUCCCCCUUGUCUUUCUCCCUUUUCCGCCUUCUGCGUCUAGACGCGGUACCCUUUCCCCUCCGGUGGAAAAAGUCACCCUACUCGCGCCGGCGGAGAGGGAUGUCGGCCACGGGCCACAGUGCAGUGCGGUGCGUACGCUUCCAACAAUGAAUAUCAACAUGGAACCUCGCGAUUCUAUAAAUUAAUCCCGGGAACGUUGACGGACGGUCUCGACGAAUUCCGAAAACGUACCUGUGAUUGUCGUUGAUCAUCGGCCAGCGUGUGACGAGACUCUGAUCAGGCUCGCGCGUCGAGAUCACAAACGAGAAAUUCACGCAAACAUGAGCUCGUUCCUGAUGAAUCCAUCCGCCGGCGGUGGAUAUCAUCAUCACCAACACCAACAGGCGGCUAGCAGUCAUCAUUUGGCCACGACUUCCGUCAUGGUGGAUCCGAAAUUUCCACCCACCGAGGAGUACAGUCAGAGCAACUACAUCCCGUCCACUGGAACGGAUUUCUUUCCCGCCAGCGGCGGUGGCCACCACUUGAAUCAUCCGCAGUCUCAUCAACUGCAAUAUGGGUAUCAUCAGCAUCAUCAUCAAGCGGCCUCCACUCCUUAUGGAGCAUCAAGCGCCGUCCAGCUAAACGGCGGUUACGCUGGCUACGGUAGCUACUACGGACCUCAUCAUCCUCAUCAUCAAGUGCACGCCGUUCAUCACGCGAGCCUGCAUCCUCAUCAUCACGCGGUGGGCGCGUUGGCGAUGCCGCCGGAGGCUCAACAACCACCGCUCACGUGUCCAUCCUCGAUGCAAAACCAGCAACAACCGCAGCAGCAGCAGCAACCACCUGUGUCCGCAUCCACUGUCCUCGGCGCUACACCAUUGUCACCGGGCAUCAUGCAGAAUCACGUGCAGCCGCCGGACAGUCUUCAACAUCAUCAGCAACCGAAUCAACAGCAGCAACCGCACGAAAGCAACGCUUGCAGUCCGGCGAGUUCCGGUCAGCUGCAUCGCGACAACUCGCCGGAUAUUCAGCAACAAAACGCGCAACAACAGCAGCAAACGCAGCAACAACAGCAGCAGAAUCAACAGCAGCCGCAGCAGCAGCAUCACGUGGACGACGGUUCCGAUCAGGAUGACAUGGAGGAUGAUCAGACGAUGGACGGAUCGCCAGGAAUGAUGGAGGACGACGACGAGGACGAGGAGAACGGGGAUCGUGUGAUUUAUCCGUGGAUGAGAAAGAUUCACGUCGCUGGUGUCGCGAACGGCUCGUACCAGCCAGGAAUGGAGCCGAAGCGACAGAGGACCGCGUACACGAGGCACCAGAUCCUCGAGCUGGAGAAGGAAUUCCAUUACAAUAGGUACCUGACGAGACGGCGACGGAUCGAGAUCGCUCAUACCCUAGUAUUGUCCGAACGGCAGAUUAAGAUCUGGUUCCAGAACCGGCGCAUGAAGUGGAAGAAGGACAACAAGCUGCCGAACACGAAGAACGUGCGCAGGAAGAAUGCCAACGGCCAAACAGCGCCACCGUCGGCGAAACCGGCGAAAACGCCGGCCACCAGAUCGAAACUGGCGACCGGCAACAACAACAGCCAAAGGAAGAACAACAACAACUCGCCGUCGAGCGGGAUCGACGCUAGCCUGGAGUCGAGCGUCGCUCUGUCGGACAUGGCGGAUGUGCACGCGGUGAACGCCGCCCUUCCGCAUACGAACGUGGUUCAUCCGAGCUUCCAAGGUCACCCGCAUCCGCUGGCCCAUCUUCAAGCGCAGCUGAGUCAUCAUCAUGUGAGUGGCAUGAUGGAGGGUCCGACGGGGGGACCGUUGGGACACAUCGGCUCCGGAAGUAUCAGUCCUCUCGCCCCAGCUACCAGUCCCUCCGGGUUGUCGCAGGUCUCCGCGCCCAUUCCGCCACCGGCCAUCAAGUCCGAUUACGGGCUCACGGCGCUGUAACAUCCGUCCGGCGAGCCGGACUGUUCGAGUCGACUAUCAGGCUUCGUUGGCUCUGCUGGCCAGGGGUUCGUUGCCGUUUGGUCAUAAAGGAAUUUGCAAAUUCGUUCUGUUAACGAUGGUUGAUCGAAUUGUCGUUUCACGUAAUCAUCGAAGGAAUUGGACUGGAGUGGUAGACUCUAGGAGAGACGAAUGGAGAUUGGUCUAAUUCGAUGAUUUAGUUGAACAUCACUGAACGCGUAGGAAUAAGGACUUAAACGGGAAGAGGUUCGCGCUAUGUCACCCUUUGAUCGUUGUUUGAUGAAUGACCCAUCGGGAAGAAAGAGAUACGAAGAGCCGGAAAUGAUCCUUCUUCACGACGAAUCUCACGUGUUCUUAGAUACGUGGAUGGAAUUGGUUACCGAAAUAGCUUGGUCUAGAUGCCAAGGCAAUCCCCGCGAAUCGCUCGCCUAUUGCGCCAGUCCCGAUCGAAACAGUGACCUGAAUACGCAGAGGAUGGGACCGAAGCUCCCUCUCCUUCCAGGGAUGGCUGAGUCAUCAUCAUCUGGAUGAUACGGCGGACGAUCGAGCGACUGGAAGAACAAAUGGGCGCUGACGAUGCCGAUUACCAGUUUUUUCUGUUGCUGGCUGUCUUUAAUCGCUGGAGUCAACAGUGUUUAGCUGGUCGAGAUACCAGGGACUCGGUGGAGGAUUGUCGUCAACGAGAAGGACGCUAAUCAUCGUCUCGCGCCGAGGUCUUUUGAAGUGUGAAGUACCAUAACGCCGUACUUAAAGACUGAGUGACGAUCGCGAGGACGUUUGUCAAGUGUCACUGGGUGUAGAAAACAGGGUUCAGGAUUUAGGAACCCUGAUGGACAGGAGACAGUUUAUAAAAGAGUGUGGAAAGAUAUGACUUGUCGUUUGAAACGUCGUGGAAGACCAUCGAGUCGAACAACCGUCACGAGUUUGUGCAUUCGACAUGUCGUAAGUCAAAGUUUCUUGUUUCCAACGUUGCCGAAGAGUCACGUUCUUCGAUAGUUGAUUUCGUCGAUUUCGAAAACUCGAAUCAUUUCGACGUUCGAUUCUUUCCUCCGUUCUAUUUCCGUUAAAUCGUUGCACCGUUGCAAAAUUCUGGGAAGAGUCGUUCUAAAGAUUGCACAUUUUUGUGUCGUCAGACGAUUUUUAAAAAAAUCAAAGAUUAGAGUCCACGAACAGAGUUCCACUUGAUGACUUUUCCUUCCGUCGAGAUCUGUGAUCCGAUAGGUAACCGCGCCUCGAUCCGAAGUGAAAAAACGAAACGUAAGAAAAGAAAGUCUUGGUUCGUUCCACGACACGUAAAACUGUACAUAUAUCAUAAUGGAUAAUGUACGCAUGUAUAUAGUCGUGUAAAGAAAUUCUCAUCGCUAUGUGAUUAAAGUGCAUCGUAUUUCGUAUGUUAUGACUUAAUUGUGCGGUCUUAGUGUCCUAAGUAUUCGAUAAUGAAACUGUUCACGGCGAAUCGUUCGAUGUUGUUUGAUAUGCAUAGUGACGCUUGGGUUCCGAUGCCUGGCAUUCGACACGGAAAAUUGAUAAAUCAAAGGAAAUCAAUACUUGUUUAGAACUACCGCGCGAAUAGCUGCGUUCCUUUUCGCUUUAGCAAUAGACAUAGAAUUUCAUUUCAAUAAAAAUCUUUUUUUAUCUUCUCCUUUUAUUGGAAUUGGUAUUAAAUGCUACAUUAGUAGCCUUGUUGAUUUGUUUGAUCGCCAUUUGAAUUUACGAGAGUCGUUACGAGAGUCGUUACGAGUCCCGGGCGAAGUGGAAUUUUCCUGUACUCGUCAGACACGGCGCAGCGAGAUCGUCGAGCGAAAUUCUCGCGAAAAGUCCCCGAAAAAGAGAAUCGAGUUCGUAACUCGCGUCAUCGUGCACGUUGUAAAUAACGCUGCGAGAUCGUCUAUUUUUAUCGAGAAAGUAUGCCGAACGACCAAUAAUGAUGAAUCUAGAUUAAAAAGAAGAAGUAGAAGGAAAAAUACAUGAGUGUAGAAAGUGGCGUCGAACCGGAAACCAGAAAACGUAUUGCGGGAGAGAAAGAGAGAGAGGGGCAGAGAGAGAGAGAGAGAGAGAGAGAGAGAGAGAGAGAAUAGCAAUCAAACGUUAAUGUAAAUGCAGAGUCGCUGUGACGAUAUACCAAAACGAUGUUUAUCCGAUUAAAUAUAGAACUGUAGAGGUAUUAAGAAGCAUUAAACGCGUCAUGUUCUAUUCUAAAUAAACGACGAUGAACGAUCCUAGUGUAAUUAGCCAGCUCUAAGCAAGCAAAUGCACGAGUUUACGAGAACGUUCUAUUAAGUGUGACAUUAUAUUCCUUGAUCAUUCUAACGAUUAUGUAUAUAGCCUGUACGAUAAGAACGUAUUUGGGCACACUUCGAUGCUUAUGUUUAUAAUUGAUCGUAAAAAUCGAUCAAGAUACAACCGUGAAGUACAGUGAAUCAAUAAAUAAAUGUUUCGUAAUUUACAA